GUCUAGGGCUAGGCUACAAAACCGCAUUCUUAUGCGCAAAACAUGCGCAGCUGUGAGCGCAAAAUAAAUAGUUCCGCACACAGACCCAGAGAAAAAAAGUUCUCAUGCUGGGCUGGACAGAACACCACCCUGAGUACCUAGCUAACGUUACGAGGAUUGGGAACACGCCAAAGACAGCUAACGUGAACUGGGCUUCAUCAAAUCUGGAGGUCCUUUUAACCCAAUAAGAUUUGCUAGCCAAGCGGCGAGAGAAAUUGCAACUUAUAAUGGCCUCGGAAGAGCUUUAUGAGGUUGAGAGAAUUGUGGACAAACGGAAGAACAAGAAAGGAAAGAUUGAGUACCUGGUGCGCUGGAGGGGCUAUGGCUACGAGGGGGACACCUGGGAGCCCGAGACGCACCUCUCUGCCUGUGUGGAGUUCAUUCACGAUUUUAAUCGGCAACACGGUGAAAGACAGAGAGACAGUACUUUACUGCGCUCCACUCGAAGCACUCCCAGCACGACCCACAGUUCGAGAAACAACGCCCGCAAACAGAUCUGCAGGCCUCAGCCACACAGUGGAGCAGGAAGCCAUGCUCUAGUAAAACCCGGGAAUGCCUCUUCCCCCACCGCAGCAGCUACGGCCAUCUCAAAACCGUUGCCACCACUUGACCCUGGCGUGGCACACACUAGAACGAACAUGCAGCUUAACUUGAGCCAAAAGUACAGUGUUUCGGCCACCGGUGACAUUUGUAGACCUGGCUUCACAAGCGGGCCUGCGGCUUCUCCGGUGGGCACGGUGCGUCGGAGCAUGGACCUGGCGAAGUCCGGGAUCAAAAUCCUAGUACCCAAAAGCCCAAUGAGCAGCCGGGCGGACUCUGAGUCUUCGCCUAGCGAGGCGGCCCACUGUCUGGAGCAAGGGGGUCAGGAGCAGGACUCUGUGCCCCCAGAGGUAGCCCUUUUGGAAAAGCCUCCAGGGUUGUUACUGGGGCCUGGGGAAGAAAGAGCGCGCAUGGGGACCCGGCCCAGGAUUCAAAGCCAAAGCCCAUUAAUUCCUCAGCAAGUCCCCAUCACCCCCGCAUCAAUACGCACACUCAAUGGGAAAGGUACAUCAACACUCAUGGAGGCUCUGGCGGCCAAUGGGACAGCUAGCCUGCAGAGUGCAGUGGCAGGAGUCACCCCAGUCUCCGGGGUGGCAGGGAAACGGCGCUUCGAGGAGCAGCGCUCAGUCUUCGACAAGCGCCUUCGGUUCAGCGUCCGGCAGACUGAGAGUGCCUACCGCUACAGGGACCUUGUCGUCAAGAAGCAGGAUGGCUUCACCCACAUCCUGCUCUCCACCAAGUCCUCGGAGAACAACUCACUUAAUCCCGAUGUGAUGAAGGAGAUGCAGAGUGCCAUGGCCACGGCGGCGGCAGACGACAGCAAGCUGGUCCUGCUGAGCGCCGUGGGUAGCAUCUUCUGCUUCGGCCUGGACUUCAUCUACUUCAUUAGACUGCUCACCGACGACCGCAAGAAGGAGAGCAUCAAGAUGGCUGAGACCAUUAGGACAUUCGUGAACACAUUCAUCCAAUUCAAGAAGCCCAUCAUCGUAGCCGUGAAUGGACCGGCGGUGGGCCUCGGAGCCUCUAUCCUCCCGCUGUGUGACGUUGUCUGGGCCAACGAGAAAUCCUGGUUUCAGACGCCCUAUACCACCUACGGACAGACACCCGACGCUUGCGCCUCCCUCACCUUCCCUCGCAUCAUGGGCGUGGCCUCGGCCAAUGAGAUGUUGCUGAGUGGGCGGAAGCUGACAGCCCAGGAGGCCUGUGCUAAAGGCCUCGUGUCCCAGGUGCUGUGGCCCGGGACUUUCACUCAGGAGGUGAUGGUUCGCAUUAGGGAGCUAGUCACUUGUAAUUCAGUUGUCCUGCGGGAGUCCAAAGCACUGGUGCGAAACGCAAACCGGGCCGCCCUGGAGCAGGCCAAUGAACGUGAGUGCGAGGCGCUGAAGAGAGUGUGGGGCUCUUCGCAAGGGGUGGACUCCAUCCUCAAAUACCUGCAGAAGAAGAUUGAUGAGUUUUAAGGAAAGCACGUAUUCCCCAUACGUUCCCAAAUAACCAGAAAAACAUGGCACUAGCAGUGCAUGGCGUUCAAUCUGCAGCCUCUCAAUAUCCCACCAUCCCUCUUGCAUGUAUGAGAGUACAGUGCAUUCGGAAAGUAUUCAGACCCCUUGACCUUUUCCACAUUUUGUUACGUUACAACCUUAUUCUAAAAUACAUUGAUUAAAAAAAAAAUCCUCAAUCUACAAACAAUACCCCAUAAUGACAAAGCAAAAACUAGUU